ACUAAAUUGUGAACCCUAAUUUCAAGCAGCUCCUUUCCCUUUCCUUAUUUGAUGGCCAUGGCUUUACAACCAUUCUCUCAUAGAUUUUCAUCUCUCUCUGCAUAAUUACACUCAUCUCUCUGUCUCUGUAUCUGUAUCAUAUAUAUCUCUUUAUUAUCAGUGAUUUCCAGGACAUGCAAGAAGACUGGAUUUCCUUUGUUUCGAAUGUGUGAAAAUCUUGUUUAAGAGUGUGGGAUUGGAUCAAGAAUCAGCGCAAAUCAUCAGAGAUUAAUCUUGGAAACUAAUUAUUGAAAUUACCUGGUGUUGAGAUCAUCAUCUUAGUUAGAGGAACAAAUACAUAUAAAUUAAAGAGUAGAUUCACAAGUUAAAAUUUAUAGUUGAUGCAUGGUAGGCCAUAUCAAAUUCCAAAAUUGGCAUCUAUUAUGAUGACUAUGCGGAUGAUAUUGAAGAAGAAAUCCCUUCUUCUUCUCCAGUUAAUAGUUCCCAAGAGGAGUUGUUUCAGAUGGAAUGGCAGAUCUAGCUAGUUAUGGCAAUCCUGACCGUGACGUCGAGCAGGCACUUAUUGCAUUGAAAAAGGGCACUCAGUUAAUUAAGUAUGGUCGGAAGGGGAAGCCUAAGUUUUGUCCAUUCAGAGUAUCUGCUGACGAAACCACUCUCAUUUGGUACUCUCAUGGAGAAGAAAGACAGCUGAAGUUAUCUAAAGUUACACGGAUUUUACCUGGGCAGAGAACCCCUGUUUUUAGAAGAUACCAUCGCCCCGAGAAGGAGUACUUAUCUUUCUCACUAAUAUUUAAUAACGGCGACAGAUCUUUAGACCUGAUUUGCAAGGACAAAGUAGAGGUAGACGUGUGGCUUGCUGGCCUGAAAGCUUUGAUAUCUACUGGUCAAACAACUCGUAGUAGGCGCAGCAGGAGUGAUAUUUCAGAUAUAAAUGAUGCUUUUAGUGAUAAGAGUCCUUUUGCUUCAACAUUAGAUUAUACUCCUAGUAUUAGUAGCAGAAGUUCUAUUGAUUACGGUUCAGAUGCUGGGUAUGAACGUCCAAGUAUGCAAGGAAGAACGAGUGGUGCAGAUGGUUUCCGAAUUAGUGUCUCAAGCACUCCGAGUUGUUCAAGUCAAGGUUCUGGACCAGAUGAUAUAGAAUCACUAGGUGAUGUUUAUGUGUGGGGGGAAAUCUGGUCUGACGGGGCUGUAUCUGAUGGAUCUGAUAGAACGGUAUCUACAAAAAGUGAUGUGCUAAUUCCUAAGACUUUAGAGUCGAAUGUAGUACUUGACGUUCUCCAAAUAGCAUGUGGUGUACGUCAUGUUGCCCUUGUGACAAGGCAAGGUGAGGUUUUCACUUGGGGUGAAGAAUCUGGAGGUAGACUUGGUCAUGGAAUUGAAAAGAAUUUUGGUCGUCCUAAACUUGUAGAAUUUCUUGCAGUUAUUAACGUAGAUUUUGUUGCAUGUGGUGAGUAUCACACAUGUGCUGUAUCUACUUCUGGUGACUUGUAUUCCUGGGGUGAUGGUGUUCACAAUGCUGGACUUCUUGGUCAUGGUAGUGAUGUAAGCCACUGGAUACCUAAAAGAGUUUCUGGUCCUUUGGAAGGACUUCAGGUUGUGUCUAUUUCAUGUGGCACAUGGCAUUCAGCAGUAUCUACUUCUAACGGAAAGUUGUUUACAUUUGGUGAUGGAACAUUCGGUGCACUUGGUCAUGGUGAUCGAGAGAGUGUUCCAUAUCCGAAAGAAGUUCAGUCACUAGGUACACAUAAGACUAUUAAAGUUUCUUGUGGAGUGUGGCAUACUGCAGCCAUUGUAGAGGUGAAUAGCCCGUCCGCUUCAAAUGUUUCAUCUCGAAAAUUGUUUACGUGGGGUGAUGGUGAUAAAUACCGACUAGGCCAUGGAAACAAGGAAGCUUGUCUACAACCAACAUGUGUAUCUUCGUUGGUAGACUACAAUUUUUUCCAGCUAGCAUGUGGACAUAAUUUGACUGUGGGCUUAACUACAUCUGGUCAUGUCUUCACUAUGGGUAGUCCUUCAUAUGGCCAACUAGGGAAUCCUCAGUCUGAUGGCAAGUCACCUUGCUUGGUACAAGAGAGAUUGGUAGGUGAAUUUGUUGAAGAUAUAGCUUGCGGUGAUUCUCAUAUUUGUGUACUAACAUCAAGAAGUGAAGUAUUUACAUGGGGAAGAGGUGCAAAUGGGAGAUUAGGACAUGGGGAUUUAGAAGAUCGGAAUACUCCUAUAUUGGUUGAAGCACUAAAGGACAGACACGUUAGAAGUAUCUCAUGUGGAUCAAAUUAUACAGCAACAAUAUGCGUUCAUAAGUGGAUAUCUGGAACAGAUCAAUCAGUUUGCUCUGGUUGUCGUCAAGCGUUUGGUUUUACUAGAAAGAGGCACAAUUGUUAUAAUUGUGGACUAGUACAUUGUCAUGCUUGUAGCUCAAAAAAAGCUUUAAAAGCAGCAUUAGCUCCAACACCUGGAAAACCUCAUCGUGUCUGUGACUCCUGCUAUAACAAGCUGAAAAAGGCCGAAGAGACUGGUAGUGGUCCUAAUUUCACUAGGAAAUCAACUGGUUCCCAUCGAAUAACAGACAGUGUUAGGCCAUCUAGAAUGUCAAGGAUUCUUCUCUCCCCUACCACAGAACCAGUGAAGUACCAUGAGGUUAAGUCAGGCAGAACGGGAACUGCAGCUGAUUCUUUUUCCAUAGUCCGAACUUCGCAAGUUCCAGGAAUUCAGCAGCUAAAAGAUGUAGCAUUUCCAAGUUCACUUAGUGCACUUCACUCUACAUGGAAGCCUUCUAUGUCAACAACACCUCCAGCUCCAGCUCCUCCAUUUCGCCUGCCUCCAUCUGUGCCUUCAUCAGCUGCUUCUAACUCGAGACCUAGUUCACCAUAUAGAAGACCAAGUCCUCCACGCACUGCUACUCCGGUAUUUUCAAGGGGUGUCAUCGAUAGUUUGAAGAAGUCAAAUGAGCUUCUGACCCAAGAAGUUAGCAAAUUGCAAAACCAACUUAAAAAUUUGAAGCAAAAGAGUGAGAAGCAAGACGCAGAGGUUAGAAAACUACAAAAGACUGUUCAAGAGGCUACCAAGUUAGCUUCAGAGAAAUCCUCCAAAUGCAAUAUUGCUAUAGAAAUUGUGGAGAGCAUCACGGACGAGCUGAAAGCGAUCUCUGAGAAUUCACCACCGGAAAUUUCUGAAAGUGAAAACUUCAAAUCAAUACAAGCUAAAGCAGAAUCAUUUUUGAGUACCGCUGCCACUGAAGCGUCUGAAUCUAUUUUUACUUCACUACAAAACAAUGUGUCUAGCCAACAAAGUCGACAUUCCAAAUCUGCUUCUGUUAGUGAAUUUAAUGUAGAAAAAUUGGAUGAAACAGAAGGUGCUGCACAUGAAAGUAAUGGAUCAUCUGUUUCUAAUAAAGACGGCGGAGUUCAGUCAAGCACAGGGAGUGGAUCAAAAUCUAAACCUGCUCCAGCUGAUGGACGAAAGGAAGUCAUAGAGCAGUUUGAACCUGGUGUAUAUGUUACUCUUAUUCAACUGGGAAACGGUACUAAGAUUUUCAAGAGAGUCAAAUUCAGCAAACGGAAGUUUGCAGAGCAACAAGCAGAGGAAUGGUGGAAGGCAAACAAAGACAGGCUACUGAAGAAGUAUAGCGCUUCAAAGAAUAUUACCACGACAAGUGAGUCAUCCACAGCUCCUUCGCAACCUUCUGGGGAAAACGGUGACACUGCUGCAUCUUCUUGAUAUUGUUCCAUUAGCUUUGAUUCCAGCAAUCAAAAUGCUGGAUGCAAACCUUUAGAAAAAUUUAGAAUAGUGAGAAACGUAGGUACUAAAGAUUAAUUGACAAUAAAAACAGAAAGCCUUGUUCUAUAUCUUUGUAUAUGAAAUAUAUUUUCACCUUCAAA